UCUCUCGUCCCACUCGGGCCAGUGUCCGUCACAGCCGGCUUCUAGACAGACGUGUGUUGUAUCUGUGUGAGAUGUAUUAACAGUGUUGUGUGUAUGUUCGGUGCUCGGUAACUGUAAUAACUCUUCAUGAUUCAGGAAUCGCAAUCGGGCAGCGCGGAAAGAUGGAGCGGUUGCGGGCCGGAGCACAAUCUGGCACUUCAUCAGAUCCUCAAGCUCCAGGAGGCCAGAGCACUGCACAAAACCUCGCUACUGCCGCUCUACAAGAAGAACGGCCUCGCCUCCCCGGGAGCUAGUCAAGAUUACGAACAGAUCCAAGAGAAAAAUAUGGAUAACGAAGAAGAAAUGAGAGCUCUGGACCAAUUGAAGUUGGAAACUGAAUUCAGACGGCUCAUGGAGCGCUCGAGUAGAGAUCGCAACGAGGACUCCCUCAAAUACUUCCAGCACGUGAUGGAAGCCAAAUGUAAUCUAGAAUAUUUAAGAAAUAUGCAAGAGAAAGAAUCCAGAGAAACUUUAAAUAAGGACGUGAACGUCAAAAAAGAGAAACUAUCCCCUAAAUGCAAUCGAUACUCACCCGAACAGAAGCUGUCCCCUCACCACUCGUCCUCAGCGGAGGCUUCACCUAACCGCAGCGUUCACAUGUCGUCCCCGUCUAGUCGCAUUUCCACAACCAGCCCAGUAAACUCCUCCCCUCUGAACCAACUACAAAACAUGCAACCGUUCGAUUUUAGAAAGCAUAAGAUUAAUGAAAAUAUUGUCAAAGAAGAAAGAAAGUCUGGCUACGGUAAUAUAUCAUCGGCCGAAAAAGCAGCCGUGGACGCCGUGAUGAGAAAUCAAUUUUUUAAUUUUCAACUCCCAACAAAUUUCCCUAUGCAGCCUCUAUCAAUACCUUCGACGUUUUCUCAUCCGGCAGCGAUGGUGGCUGCGCUUAGUCAAAAUCCUAUGGGAUUAGCAUCGUUACAAGCUCUACUACCUCAAAUAUCAUCAAAAACGGUAGAAAACCCUGAGAGUAGGUUGAGUUCAGCUUCGAAACAAAGAUCAGAAAAUGUUAGAACAGAGGAAGAAAAUGUUCUUAAUUUAAGCAAAGACGUCUACGGCGAUGCGAAUAAAACGAGAGACAUGAUGUUAGGUAAAUGUAUCAGCCCACCGAAGAGGCAGUGGGGAGCGUCCCAGAUGCCCCUUAACCUAGGAACACACUUUAUCAACCCCGCCACUGGGAAGAAACGGGUUCAGUGUAACGUGUGCCUUAAAACUUUCUGUGAUAAAGGUGCUUUGAAAAUUCAUUUUUCUGCUGUGCACCUGCGUGAGAUGCAUAAAUGCACCGUCGAAGGCUGCAGCAUGAUGUUCAGCUCAAGAAGAUCUAGGAAUAGGCACAGCGCCAACCCCAAUCCUAAAUUACAUUCACCACACUUGAGGCGGAAAAUAUCUCCUCACGACGGCCGCAGCGCUCAAGCCCAUCCUGUUCUGAUACCUCCUCCAGGGAGCGGCUUGAGUAUACCGCCGGUCAUGAAUCCUAUGCAUCCCUUCGGAUCUUAUCCAAUGCUUAAUUCAUCUCAUAAUAUGAGACAGCACGCUUCUAACAUGCUCUUUGAUUACAAAAACAACAUGAACUUCUCGCAAACCCUGGACCAGGCUCAACACAUGCGAAGGGAAUCCAGUUCAGUAGAAAAUAAAGACCACGAGGCUCACGGAGAUUCGGACGAAGAUGAUGGAAUCGUCGUUGUCGCUGGGGAUGACGACGAUGAUGACAAUGACAAUUUAACUAGCGUGUAUUACACGAGCCUCAAUAAAUCAUCGGUCUCCAUGGACGACUCCGAGAACGAAUACGACCAAAGAAGCGUCAGCGACAACAACGAGAACACUGACAGUAUCAAAGAGACCACGAGCCCCGAAGUCAUAAAAAGGAAACGUAAAAAUCUUAACCCAACAAGACUUGAAAAGAACUACAUCAGUGAUGAUCACGACAAGCAAGACACUAAGCGAGAUAACUACCAAAAUGACGAAGCUCUGAAUUUGAAACGAGUUAAGUGCGAAGAGAAUGUUAAUGGUACUAAUUAUAAUGCACCAUGUGAGAACGGAACUAACAUUAAAAUCAAACAAGAACCCACGACGGACAGCGACAACAACGAAAUGAACUUUGUGCCGCAAGACUUAAGGGUCAAGGAGGAGGUCGCAGAGAAAUGCGAGGUAACGAAAAAUGAAAGAUUUGACGAAACCAAUAAUGAGUUCUCAACAGAAAAUUCAUUAAAACGAUUAGAGAGUCUCUCGAAGGGUGACUUUCCGAGUGCUACAAAGAAGAUCGAUUGUAACCAACUCGGCUCAUACAACAUGAGCCUGAACGACUCCACAGACUUCUCUGACAGAUCACCUUCCUCAUCCGUGUCCAGCUACGACUACACCUCCGACGAGAGCCACGGCCAGAUCUACGGACAUUUCGACAACGGCUUUUUUAUAACCACCAGCGACGUCCCCAUAGACGUUGACAACCCUCUGAAGUGCAAAGUUUGCGAUAAGUUGUUUCAAAAUAUAUACAUACUUAAGACCCACUACCAGAACGUUCAUCUCAAAGUCAUGUACAGAUGCAACAACGAGGGAUGCAAGGCCGCCUUCACCACGCGACGGAACAGAGACCGGCACAACUCAAACGCUAAUCUACACAGAAGACUGCUGUCAGACAACCAGAAGAUACCGGACGAGUCCCGGGUGCUGGACAGGUUGAAGGAACAAAUUGACAUUAUACUCAAAUUCAACGAGGAGGAGCGGGCUGUGCCCUACAUCGAGUCACACAAGUAUUACCGCGCUAAAGAGUUGAAUAAACCAAAAAAUUAUUUGGGACAGAUGCCUUUCGGAGCGCCGUACCCGCCACUUCCGAUGCCGGAGACUUAUCUGAACGGUCGCGACAUGUUCAGUCAACAUCCCUUCCUGUUUACGCCGUUCGGGAUGCUUCCAAACUUUCCACCACUGCCGUUUGGCUUUCUGCCACCCGGCCUGAACUCUUUCGCUUAUCAGAACCAGAAUUGUUCCCCUCCAUUAUCCUUGAAGCUGAAUUACUGCGUGGAAGACGAGGCGCCUCAUCAGAAUAAAGACGGUUACUACCCGUGUCGCGGCUGUAGAGACAGCUUUAAGGACUUGUCCUGUCUCAAGUUGCAUUGUGAGAGUGUUCAUUCACAACUGCUUCACAGAUGUUCUGUGGGCGGAUGUACCGCCGCUUUCUUCUCCAGGAGUAAGAGGAAUCUCCACAGCGAGAAGCACGCCAGCCGUCUCCAGCUGUCCACGUGACCUCGUCGGCAGUCGCCAAGCCCAAUCCCCUUGUGAUCGUACCAGUACCUUAAAUUCUCAUACUGUUUAUUGUUUAGGCCGUACUAUAGCGGCUUUGUAAAUAUAUAGAGCUCGUCUAACGUUUAAGUUUCUUUCAAAGUAGUCAGAAUAGAUUAUUUGUAAAAAAAUAUAAUAUGACAUUCCAUAGUAAUAUUGUGCAAUAAAUUGUAUAUAAUAUAGUAACGAUAAUUGAAUAUAUGUAGGUCUGUUUGUGAUUAUUCUGUAACGAGCGUUGUAAACUCUUUUAGGUGAAUGUUCGUCUGUCUUGUAUUACGAAUAUAUACGGAACGGUGUAUAUUUAUCAAAGAUAUUGUAAUUACUGAUUAGAUAUUUUGGUGCUAAACAACGAAAUUAUUAUUUAAAUGUAAAUAAGCUUCUAUGUAUUUCACUUAUGUAAUGUAUUUUUUGUUACAUAAAACUAUUAAUAAUUAAGUACCAAAAAGUAUUAACAAUAAGUACGGUGUGCACUAAUAAUAAGCAUCUCAUUAUAUUCUUCCUUUUUGCCAAACAUUA